GCCGGGCGGAGCGGGCGUGUGUGCGGUCGGCCCGGGCUGCGCCUCCUGCCCGUCUACGAGAACCCGGACUCCAGGUAUCCCGGGAUGACCGCCUGGGUGCCUCCCGAUGCGCUGGGUCGGAGGGUCUCGUGUGGCACCGACUACGGGACUGUGCGCUAUAUGGGCAGCGUGGCUCGUACAUCAGGAAUUUGGCUGGGUGUGGAAUGGGAUGAUCCUCAGAGAGGAAAACAUGAUGGCUGCUACGAAGGAACACAGUACUUUAAGUGCAGGGAUAGAACUCACUCCUGCAAAGACAAUGAGGAAGGAGAUGCCAAUAGAAGUGGUGACCUGAGAGGACAGAAAUGGGCUAAGGAAUGGUUCAUGAACAUUCUCGUCAAUUUGUUCUAA